GCGAGAAUGAAAACCAUUCUCAGCAAUCAGAGUGUCGACAUUCCAGAAAGUGCCGACAUCACUUUGAAGGGACGCACAGUUAUUGUGAUGGGCCCCAGAGGCACCCUGCAAAGGGACGUCAAUCACAUCAGUGUAGAACUCAGUCUCCUUGGAAAGAAAAAGAUGCUCCGGGUUGGCAAAUGGUGGGGAGGUAGAGAAGAACUGGCUACUGUUAGCACUAUUGGUAGUCACGUACAGGGCGUGAUCAAGGGUGUUACACAGGGCUUCCGUUACAAGAUGAGGUCUGUGCGUGCUCACUUCCCCAUAAGCGUCAUCAUUCAGGAGAAUGAUUCUCUUGUUGAAAUCCAAGAUUUCUUGGGUGAAAAGUACACCCGCAGGGUUCGGGUGGGGCCAGGGGUUGCUUGUUCAGGAUCUCAAGCCCAGAAAAAUGAGUUAAUUCUUGAAGGAAAUGACAUUGAACUGGUAUCAAAUUCAGCUGCUUUGAUUCAGCAAGCCAUGACAGUUAAAAACAAGGAUAUCAGAAAAACUUUGGAUGGUAUCUGUGUUUCUGAAAAGGGAAUGGCUCAGCAGGCUGAUGAAUGAGAUCUAAGUUGUCCAGCUACAGGAACAGCAAGAUGCCUGCCCAAUCACUCUUUAAAUUCACUUUUGAUGUUUUAAGGAUGUAGUAAAAGCUAUU